GUGAGCGCGGGGCAGGCCGGGAAUGCGAGUCGGGAUUGGCCGGCGCGCGCCCCGCUUUCCAGCGUGCCGGGCAGCAGGAAGCGGCGGCGGUGGAGCGGGAAGCGGCGCGGCGAGGAGCUGCUCCCGACCUGGCCUUCUGCCAUGGAAGCUGAGGAAACAAUGGAAUGUAUCCAGGAAUUCCCUGAACACUAUAAAGUUAUUUUGGAUAGACUCAAUGAACAACGUGAGCAGGACCAGUUUACAGAUAUCACUCUGAUCGUCGAUGGUCACCAUUUUAAAGCUCAUAAGGCAGUUCUUGCUGCUUGUAGCCAGUUCUUCCACAAAUUCUUCCAAGAUUUCACUCAGGAGCCUUUGGUGGAGAUUGAAGGUGUAAGUAACAUGGCGUUUCGUCACCUAAUUGAGUUCACCUAUACAGCAAAGCUAAUGGUACAAGGUGAGGAAGAAGCAAAUGAUGUUUGGAAAGCUGCAGAGUAUCUACAGAUGCUGGAAGCAAUCAAAGCACUUGAAAUCAGGAACAAAGAAAAUUCAUCACCCUUAGAAUCAAAUGAAGCACAAGGUAAAAAUAAACCAAAAAAGAGGAAGAUUGCUGAAACCUCUAAUGUUAUCACAGAAACACUGCCAUCUGCAGAAUCAGAGCCUGUUGAAAUUGAGGUUGAGAUUGCUGAAGGGACGAUGAAAGUGGAGGAUGACAGCAUUGAAACCCUUGAAGAAGUAGCUUCUGCAGAGCAAUCCAUAAAGUACAUACAGACAACAGGUACAUCAGAUGAAUCUGCUUUGGCUCUUUUGGCAGAUAUCACCAGCAAGUAUCGUCAGGGAGAGAGAAAAUGCCAGAUGCAAGAAGAAGGUGAUAGUGCAACUGACCCCUCGUGCAAACAGGAACACAUGAAAACACACUCUACUGAGAAUUACAAAUGUGACAUAUGCAAUAAAAGAUACCUACGAGAGAGUGCUUUGAAACAGCACCUCACCUGUUACCACCUUGAUGAAGGUGGUGCCAGCAAGAAGCAAAGACCUGGCAAGAAAAUACAUGUAUGCCAGUACUGUGACAAGCAGUUUGACCAUUUUGGGCAUUUUAAAGAGCACCUUCGGAAGCACACAGGUGAAAAACCCUUUGAAUGUCCAAACUGCCAUGAACGUUUUGCUCGGAAUAGCACGCUGAAAUGUCACCUGACAGCCUGUCAGUCUGGAGCUGGCGCUAAAAAGGGAAGAAAGAAGCUGUAUGAAUGUCAGGUUUGUAACAGCGUGUUUAACAGCUGGGAUCAGUUCAAAGACCACUUGGUAAUACACACUGGUGACAAACCCAACCACUGUACCUUAUGUGAUCUGUGGUUUAUGCAAGGCAGUGAGCUGAGAAGGCAUCUCAAAGAAAUGCACAAUAUUUCAGAACUAUUAGUGACAGAAGAGGUUCUUCCAGUGGAAGGUAUGGAAGCUGAACCAGUAACAUCAAUGACUAUAAUAGAACAAGUUGAGCAAGUGCAUGUCCUACCAGUAAUUCAGGUACAAGUGGAUCCUGCACAGGUAACUGUGGAACAGAUGCACCAGGAUCUCAUCCAGGACAAUCAAGUGAAAGGCACACAGAUGGAGGAACUACAGGAACAGGUGCAGAUUAGUUACUUGGAAGUUGAACACAUUCAGACUGAACAAGGUGCUGAAGUUCAUGUGGAGCAGUUACAUGUUGAGCAUGUAAAUCAAAUACAGAUGGAAGAAGUACAGGCAGAACUUAUAGAUGGAACAGACCUUGAACAAGUAGAAUAUCGAAGUGUUGAUCAAGGAGAAGCAGAAGAAAAGGAUCAUAAUCAAGCAGAUGAUACAGAUAAGGAACAUCAUGAACCAGCUGAAGACUUAAAAACACAACAAUUAAUGGAUACACAAAAUGCAAAAGUGGAUGAGUAGGACACAUAAUGACACUGCAGUUUUAAGAAUGAAAUACCAAAUUAUUUUUGUUAACUUUUACAUUGGUUUUUGAACCGUCACUGGUCACCUUUCCAAUAUGCUGUCCAUAGGGAGCUGGACAAGUGGACCAAAAUUAGCUUUCUUCAUGUACAAUUAAACUUCUCUCAUAUGUGAAAAAUACUUCCCCAUUCAUGUAGUGCCAUGAAACAGAAACUACCACAGUCACGGACAAUUUUGUGAGAUUUUUAGCAAUGAGUAGCUUGUAUCAUUGUAUCAUUACACCAUUCCUGGGCAUAUGUAAAAGUAAUUUCACCUCUUUUCCUCUUGCCAGUAGCAGCAAAGUCUUGUACAAAUUUGCAGGAUGUCUGUAGCAGGAAAGUCAGUAAAAUCUGAGGGGUUCUGCUGUAAGUGGCAGUUACAUACCUGUGAAUUUUUGGAUCUUAACUUUCAGGCUGGGCUAAAAGCACUGUUGCUGGAGGUCUCUGAGCACAAAAGUCCCGUGCCUUUUCAACACUGAGUGGUUAAAUUACCACAAAGUUUCUAGAGUUUUUGAGAACUUAGUUCUGUGAAAGGCAGUGUAGGUAAUGUUAUAGUGCUUUAUAUUUUUGCUUGAAAUUGCCGGUUACUGAUUUUCUUUUUGCAUUAAAUUUAGAGGUGGGGGGGGCUGAGGGAGGGAACAGACUUCACUUGGAGGCAGCAGGACACGCUAAAUGGGACACUUAAAAAUAGGAAGAGCUUGGUAAAGUCUGUGAUAAACAUGAUUUGGAAGAAAGCUAUGAGCAGGCUCUUUUAUAAAUAAUCAUUUUUGAAAAUGAAUUUGUUUAAACAUAAACAUAGAGACUUGUCUAUAUGGUAUCAGGUUCUUGUUUUUUUUUUGAAAUGAAUUUCUGACACUUGACUAAAAGAUAUGCUAAACAUAAAAGUAAAAGCCAUAGGUAUGAGUGCUAAACUGUGGAUUGAAAAGUAGAAGUGUAAAUAGUUUAAUCAAUAUUAGAAAAUAAAACAAUACCAACCAUCAAAUG